AUGCGCGAUGCCGCUGGCGCCGAGAAGUGGAUGUUGCAAAUGAUCGAGCAAGGCUCGGUGAGGCUCGGUGAGGCCUUCCGGCCAGCGGUCGAAGCAGGUGUGAGACCCUGUACCGUCUCCUUUACGGCAGUCAUCAGUGCAUUUGCCAAGAUUGGAGUGCCUUGGGCGGCACCGGUUUGGGCGGUGACAGAGGCGACCGGAUUCGCAAGAGGCACCUUGGAGCAGUUGGGCGAAACCUCGCCCAGAGGUGUAGCGACGUCGAAGCGAUCGAUCGAUGCGUGGGAGGACUAUCGUGUGAGCACUCAAAAGGGCAGCCUGACAUGUCUGGGCACCGGGCAGCCUGAGACUUUUUGGGCACUGGGUUGGGCACCAGUUGCAGAUGCUUUGUGCACUGAGGCAGCGGAUUCGGUGGUUUACAACAGCAUGAUCAACGCGUGUGCCAAGGCCGGCGACAUCGAGCGGGCUGACCACUGGCUGGAACGCAUGUUGCAGGCUGGCGUCAAACCAGACGACAAGACCUACAACAGUCUGAUGCAUGCUUGUGGCCGCAACGGAAAUCCUGAACGAGCUGAGCUUUGGUAUGCGUGCCUUGAGAGCAAUCUGACUCCCUUUGAUCGAAUCACCUUCAGCACCAUUAUCAAUUCGUGUGCCAAAGCUGGAUCAGUGGAGAAGGCCUCCUACUGGAUCAAGGCAGGCGCCUGA